AUGUCUAUUACAGAACUAAACAGAAUAAUGAACUAGUUAUUAAGUUCUAUUUAAGGAAAAUAAGAAAACAGCAUAUAACAAAAUGUUUUUGAUUUGUAUAAGUAUAUUUUGGAUCCUGAAUUUGACGAAUUUUUAUUACAAUUAUGGUAGAAAUUAUUUCAUUAUUCUAAGUUUUCUUUAUUAUGUUACAGAUGAUAAAAAACUGAAGGAGCUACUUUAUAAUUAUGCUUAAACAAAUAAUUCUAAUUAUUAUAGAUUAGUAUGGACUUUAGAGGCUUUAAAGGAGGAUUCGAAAUCCAAAAAAGUAAAGGAAAGUUAUAAAAGUUUUUUGAGAGUAAGUAUUUUGGAAUAUAAAUAAAUUAGUAAUUAAAAGAAGAAUUCGUUCAAAAUAAAUAAUUUUAAAUAAGCAUCCACUAAAAAAGUAAAAUAUAUUUAAAAAAUUAGAUGGAUUGAUUCAAAAUGAUAGAGAGAGUUAUAGGGAAAUAUAAGAUCUGAUUAUUUUUAAUUGAAAAGCAUAAAGUUUAAGAUUGAAAAAAAUAGAAAUAGAAAAGUAAAAAGCUUCUAUGAGCUAAUUUUUAUAAAAAAUAAAUCUAAUAAUAAAUAAUCUAAAAAGUUAUAAUUAACCUGAAUUAAGGGGUUUGACAAUACCAUUUAAUUUUGGAAAUAAAGAUUCCUAUAUAAUAGUGAAUUUAUUAGUCGACGAAUUUACAUGUUUUAAUACUGCAAAAAGAGUUCCUUAUAAAAUUAUAGUUGAAACAGUAAAGUAACAAAUAUAUUUUAUUUAAUAAUUAGUCCAUUUGAAUUAUAACUGUGCUAGAGUGAUAAUCAAUAAUCUAAAAUUCAUAUUUCAGAACUGAUUCCGAUGUAUGAUAUUGAAAAAGAGAUGAAAACAAUAUCUUAAAUUAAAAUAUAUUAGUAAUAUAAUAUAUAAGAAUUAAAAAAGUAUAAAAUUAAUACAAAUUCUAUUAGAUUNUAGUAAAAAGUUUAUUUUUAAAUAGUUUUUUGUCUAUUAAUUUAUGGAUUAUUAAUUUUUUUAUAAUUUAAAUUUAAUAAUUAUUCUUAAUGUCUAUUACAGAACUAAACAGAAUAAUGAACUAGUUAUUAAGUUCUAUUUAAGGAAAAUAAGAAAACAGCAUAUAACAAAAUGUUUUUGAUUUGUAUAAGUAUAUUUUGGAUCCUGAAUUUGACGAAUUUUUAUUACAAUUAUGGUAGAAAUUAUUUCAUUAUUCUAAGUUUUCUUUAUUAUGUUACAGAUGAUAAAAAACUGAAGGAGCUACUUUAUAAUUAUGCUUAAACAAAUAAUUCUAAUUAUUAUAGAUUAGUAUGGACUUUAGAGGCUUUAAAGGAGGAUUCGAAAUCCAAAAAAGUAAAGGAAAGUUAUAAAAGUUUUUUGAGAGUAAGUAUUUUGGAAUAUAAAUAAAUUAGUAAUUAAAAGAAGAAUUCGUUCAAAAUAAAUAAUUUUAAAUAAGCAUCCACUAAAAAAGUAAAAUAUAUUUAAAAAAUUAGAUGGAUUGAUUCAAAAUGAUAGAGAGAGUUAUAGGGAAAUAUAAGAUCUGAUUAUUUUUAAUUGAAAAGCAUAAAGUUUAAGAUUGAAAAAAAUAGAAAUAGAAAAGUAAAAAGCUUCUAUGAGCUAAUUUUUAUAAAAAAUAAAUCUAAUAAUAAAUAAUCUAAAAAGUUAUAAUUAACCUGAAUUAAGGGGUUUGACAAUACCAUUUAAUUUUGGAAAUAAAGAUUCCUAUAUAAUAGUGAAUUUAUUAGUCGACGAAUUUACAUGUUUUAAUACUGCAAAAAGAGUUCCUUAUAAAAUUAUAGUUGAAACAGUAAAGUAACAAAUAUAUUUUAUUUAAUAAUUAGUCCAUUUGAAUUAUAACUGUGCUAGAGUGAUAAUCAAUAAUCUAAAAUUCAUAUUUCAGAACUGAUUCCGAUGUAUGAUAUUGAAAAAGAGAUGAAAACAAUAUCUUAAAUUAAAAUAUAUUAGUAAUAUAAUAUAUAAGAAUUAAAAAAGUAUAAAAUUAAUACAAAUUCUAUUAGAUUUGCACAAUAGAAAAUAGAUUUCUAAAAAUUAAACAAAUCUUAAAGUUAGAUAAAACUACCGGAGAAAGAUAUUGUUGUAUCUAAAGUUCCAAAUAAAUUAAUUUGGGGAGAAGAUUGGAAUAUUAAUUAAUAAAAGAUAAAACAAAGUUCUAAAUAUGGGAAUCUGAAAUCUCAUGAUGUUAGAUAGAUUAUUAUAAAAGGAGGAGAUGAUUUAAGAAAUGAACUCUUAAUAAUGUAAAUGAUUAAAAAAAUACAUGAAAUAUUCAAACUGAAAUAGUUAAAUCUUUUUUUGAGGCCAUAUGAUAUAAUUUUAAUUUCUGCAAAUAGUGGAAUUUUGGAGUAUAUUCCAAAUACAGUAUCUUUAGAUAAGAUAAAGAGAGAAAAUUAAAAUCUUUCAUUGAAAUAAUUUUAUUUAAAAAAUUUUGAGAACUUUCAACAAGCAUAAAAGAAUUUUGCAGAAAGUUUGGCAGGAUAUUCAUUAAUUUGUUAUUUAUUUUAAUUAAAGGAUAGACAUAAUGGAAAUAUUUUAAUUGAUAAUGAAGGGCAUAUAAUUCAUAUAGAUUUUGGAUUUGUAUUGACAUUAACACCAGGUAAUAUAGGAUUUGAAUCGGCUCCUUUUAAAUUAAUAGAUGAAUAUAUAGAAUUAUUAGAUGGAAAAGGAGGUGAUUUAUUUAAAUAUUAUAAGAUUCUAAUAUUUUCAGGUAAACAGUAACAUUAUUAUAUAAUAGGGCUUGCAAUUUUGUAAGAAAAUGUGACAGAGUUAUUAACUUAUUUAAAACUAAUGCAUUUUAGUCCAAAACAUAAUCUUUUGGCUUGUUUAGAGAAUUUCAAUUUAAUUGAAUUCAAGAAAAGAUUUCAUGAGAAUGUUGAAUAAAGAGUAUUAUAUGAAAAAGUAAAUAAUCUUAUAGAAUAAUCAAGUAAUUCUUGGAAUACAAUUUUAUAUGAUUAUUUUUAAUUUUAAAGCAAUACUAUACAUUAUUGA